CGUUUGACUGGUGGAGUCCUCAUCCAAUCACAAAAGAAACACUUCACGGUUACCUCACAAUUGACGGGGCAUUCCACCAAUCAGGGUGUUUCAAUGGGCGGUCCUUACCCUUACGGUAACAUUCGUGGUCUCUGUUGUACGCGCUGGUUUAGACAAGCAGUAUGGCGGAAGAAGAGAGUGAAUUGGAGUUAGACAGGUUUAAGAAAGAACUGGAGACUUUGUUGAAGAUUAGUGCAAGCGACGAACGCGGGCUCCAGAGUAAGACGUACUGUGAACGGUUUUGUGAGUUGGUAGUGGAGCAUACUGGACGAUGGCAAGUGCCUCUUCCCCAGCUCCAAGUGUUGCGGAGUGCCCUAUGCUCUUUUGUCCAGGGUGUAGCAUCAUUCCCUCCUGAGUGUGAGCAUGUUCGCUAUACUCUGAGUAGUCUGGCCCUGAGUAUAUUUGAACUGCUGUUGUUCUUUGGAAAAGAUGAAUUCAUCGAGCAUCCUUUAAAAGACAUUCUAGACUCAUUCCAGGUCUGCUAUGCGAGCCUUGUGAGCCACCAGAAUGUUUACCUUCUGCAGGUUAGACAUAUCAUUAAAGAUGGAGGACCUUGGGCAAGUCCUGUACUCGAGGCCAUUCUUAAGGAUUCAGAGUUACCACAAGAAGAUGUGGACAAAUAUCUGAGCUCUGAAGCAUCCAUUUUCUUUGAGCUGCGUUUGCGUUACCUGGUGGCAUGUGAAAGGCUUCCUGAGGCUUUGGCACUGACAAGGAGAUGCAUCCAGCAUUCUGUCGUUGGAAAGUACCUCUAUUACAAGCAAGCCUACCUCAUCUGUCUUUGGAAAGCAGCUCUUCAUCAGUGCUUGAACAAGGAGAUGGCAGACAUUGAUGGCAAGGAUGCUGUUGAGAUACUCUGCAUGAUGGAGAAUGAGGAGAAAGAUGAGACUGUUUUGAUGCUGAGUAAAAGCUUCCUAUCCCAAAAGCUCCAGACAGGAGACAUGUACUACCUUUGGGAUUUGGUCUUCAUAUGGAGCAGACUCUACAUGAGGCUGAACAUCUCUAAGCAGGGCUUUCUAGAGGAAUGCAAAGUAAUGAUUCUUUCAGCCACCAACAUAAAAGCAAUUUUCCCAUUCAUGAAGGUGGUUUUGACAGAGUUUGGAAAAGAUGGCCGGGAGUUUUGUGUGGAGCUUUGUGCCCGAGCCUUACAGACCGACCUUCAAAAUGAUCCAGCCACCAAGACACUGUUCUACAAAACUGUUGCAUACUUGCUCCCUAAUGACCUUGAGGUCUGUAGGGCUUGUGCACUGCUCAUUUUCUUUCAAGAGAGAACUGUUGAAUCAUACAAGAAUGUGUUCCUCUUGUAUAUCCACCCUGAUCAACAGUACCAUGUAGACACUGGUCUUGUGGGCAACAGUGUACGAUUUGAGGUUCUCCAGAUCCUUAAAAAAGACCUGUAUUUUGACCCUGAGUUCUGGAGCAUUCUCAACAUUGAGACAAACUGUUUAAAGCUAAUGAGUGAUAAGGUUGGCAAAGCAGCUUUAUGUGAAAUCAUGCAAAAGGACAAGUGGUUGCCAAGCUACUGUGUAAAGGGAUGUUGUCAGUGUCAUUCAAACGACACAGACAGGACUGUCAGUAAAGCAGAAAAUCAUACUAGUCAUAUUGACCAAGAAACAACAUCAAUGAAAAUGUGGGUUAAAUUUCCCUCAGAAGAUGCAUCCUCCAAAACUCCAAGCAAAAAACGGGGAAGAAAGCCAGGCACACGACUUGUAAAAAAUUCAGAUGCCUGUCCAGUUCGACGUUCAUUUAGGCAACUGGACUUGGAAAAGGAUUAUGAGAGGAAACUUAAUAGCAGGCAUCAGAGACGCUCUCGACAGACAGAGAUGAACACACUGAAACGGAAGGGAAGAAAGCCACAAUGGCUUUUGGACCAAUUAGCUGGCCAAUCAGAAAACAGUGAGCCACGACAAGUCAAGAAGCCAGGAAGGAAACCAAAGGAGUCACAUAUUUUGAGGGAGAUUUUACUUGAGCCACCAGUCAGUGAAAUCACAGUGGUAUUUUCCUACCCUGAUAAUGAAGUUGACAUCGCUCCUAAUGUUCAGGCCACACAGGUUUCUGCAGAGACUCCUCACAUGACAGAAAAAAGUACUGACAAAACCUCAUCUCUAGAGAAUUUAAAAUGGCCUCACAGUGCUCUGUCUCUUCUCGAGUUACUGUCUGCAGAAUCUCCUCCACGUAGCAAAAAAGACUUGAGGAUGAAGGAUGAGUUUGUUUUCCGGGAGCAGGGACCUUCUAUGGUUCGAAAAUUCCACACAUAUUCAAGACCUGUUGAAUUAGAAAAAAUAUCAUUCAACAGUUUACCCAGAGAGCAAGAAGCUAAGCUGAACCAUAAUGAAUCCAAAGAAGAAAGUGUGGCUACAGAGCAACUGUGUGAACCUGCAGAGAGCCCUGAAGUUGUUGAACAUGUUAAACAGUCUGUCGAAAUUAAGUCUACACCAAUCCCAGCUAUAACAGCAGAAACAGCCCCUUCUGUUGAAGCCAUUCGAGAGCCAGUUAAGGAAUGCACAGAAGAUCCAAAAGUUGGCGAGUUUUCAAGCCCUCAAGAUACAGACAUGCAAUUUCCAUUAUAUGGUCCUUACAGUCCUAUUAGUCCUCCAGAAAGUACUAAUGUUGACAAUGAACCUGAAUUGUCAACUCCCACCAUAUCUGACACUAUUUCUGCAGAAGGGACAAGUCUCACUACAGCUGCCACAAUAUCUCUAUCUGAUAGUACACCAGAAAACAUUACCAGUCUUCCCGAGGAGGCUCCUCCAGUUCUCACUGAAGUUGCAGUGCUCCCUGAUGAUACAGUGGCUAACACUUAUGCUUCAUCUGAAAUUGUGCCUGAGAGUACAGACAUGUCAGUGGUGCCACCAAGAACCAAGGAGAUAACGGAAAUGAAUGCUGCUGUUGAUGAUCUUGUAGCCAACCGUAUCCCCCAAAGUGACACAAGUUGCCAGCUUUCAGUCAACUGCAGCUAUUGCAAUAAAGAAAUAAAAUUCCCACACAUUCUACGUCAUGCACUGUGGCAUCAUCGGAUCGAAAAAAAAUGCAUGUUUUGUCACAAACGCUACGCUCAUGGGCGCAGCCCAUCAGUCCAUUUUAAAGUCCACAUUCAGCAGCUGAAACAGUCUAAUGGACUUUUAAAUAAAAACAUUCCUAAGAAAGCAGCUGAGACCAGCUCACAGCGUGUUCAAAAGAGACGGGUAAAACGUGGCCGUCCGCCCAUUCGGAAUAAGCUUAGAAACAUUAAAAUGAGGUUAAACUGUACUUUGAACAUCGCAGAUAUGCACAAGGAUGGGCAAAACUCAGAUCAAGUAAGACUACGGACAAGGUUAGUUAAAAAUUCAGAUCCUGGAAAGGCAACGAAAGAACCAAAGGAAAAGGCUAGUAAGAUGAAGAAAAGGCAUUUAAAAAGGGUAUUAGUUAAGAGACCUCAGUCCAGAGAUGAGAACAAAAAGCUUUUCAGAAUGAGACUAGAAUGGAAAAGAACGAAGACUAUACAAGCACCAACUCCGAAGGACAACCACUUGGAGAGCAAGAGCAACUCCGCUCCUAGGGUAAAUGGAGUGAUCAGAAAGAAAAGGAAAGAUAAGAGUGUAUCUGAGACAAAUCUCUCGAAUGAAAUUGCUCAGACAUCAGUACCCCAUGAAAUCAGAGUAAAAACAGAGAAUGUAGAAUGCUCAGAAAGUCAAAAAGGCACAGAAAUUCAAAGAGACAAAGAAAGUCAAAAGGACAUUGUCAAAUGUCAAUCUGAGAAUGCAGGUGUAAUAAAAGACAAGAUCAAAUCAAAAUCGAAAAGAACAAUUGAAAUGCUGAAAACUGUGCUGAAAAAGAAGAUUGCGCCUGAGGAGCAAAAAGAGGAUGGAGAUGCUGUAAAAAGAAGGAAAAUAAGCAGUCCAGAAGUCAGUUCUGAGAAUCAGCAACCCAAAGACAGUAAUACAGUACAGAAGGAAGUAAAUGCAGUGGAGAACAAAAAUGGCACUCAGAAAAAGUCAAAAGUGCCUUCCACACCAUUCCAGGGAAAAAGAACCGGAGCAUCCACACAAGUCAAAUGUCCUGUGGAGAUUUGCACAUUUAGUGCAAAGUCAAUACUUGUCCUUUCACAUGUGCUCUCUCACCAUCUCAGUGACAAGAAGGCGCUUGUGUUCUUUUAUGACUUUGGAAAGGAAAAAUGUCUUUACUGUUGCAGGAAGAUAUGUAACCCUCAGCAUUUUUUUGAUCAUGUGAUGAGUCACAGAGGCGAGUUAAAGUUCCCAUGCUACCAUUAUGGCUGUAAGCAGAGGUUCCGUACGCGCAUGGAGCUUAGUGAACACGUGUUAGUCCAUCUUCCAUUGAGAGCAAUGUGCUGCUUUCCUGGCUGCUCUAUGCAGCUUCAGAGUAUGAUGCUCCUGUAUAAGCAUGAAAAACUGCAUUAUGAAGAAAAUCCAAAUUUGGAAACCAAAUCAAUCCUGUGUAAAGAAUCUGAACCAUUAGUUCAUGCAAGACUAGAAGAUGGUAUGGUGGCAGCAGCAAAGUCUUCAGUCAAUCAGCUCACUACAACCAUUUUGAAGGAUUCUUCAUCAGGAAAACAAGAUGAUGAAGAAAAACCUUUAGUUCUCAAUAAAAGUUCUGUAAACUACAGUAGCAAGAACCACAGCCUUGUUAAUGGGCAUGAUGAGACUGAUAAAGUUGUUCCUCAGAAACCUUCAGAUCCAGUCAUUAAAGUGCAAGAAGCACCGGCUGCAAAAAAACAGACAAAUAAACAAUUUAUUCGACCUCUCCCCUCAUCUUAUCUUGAUGAGUCUUACACUAGCAUGCCAAAACGCUGGAAGGAACUCCAGGUGGGCUCAAAGUUGCCAGGCACUGUGUCAAUUCCAGAAAUACCGCCUACCAGGCAACGUUGCUCUCGAUGUUUUCAGUCAUUUGACAGUGAGGAAGAGCUGCAAAAACACAAGGACAAAUGCACAUCGCUCUUUGGUUUCGAUUCAGAUGAUGAAAGUGCCUCCUGAAUUUGGAGAAGCAGCCUUUUCUACGGCGAAAACUGCUCAACGCUGCUGUAGGCAAUCACCGUUCUUACAUAUGUGCUUAACAUCUUUAUCAGCAUCUUGAAAUGGAACUGAAUGGGAAAUAACUGAUCCCUGUCUGUAGUCUUGUGUGACCUAUCUGCUGCUUUUUUAUAGCAGGUCUAUUGCUAAAGCUCAUGUUUUUGUUUUUUAACAAAUCAUUAGUCUUUUUAAGACUUAGGGUUACAAUAUUUUUGUUACGUAAUUGUCUGCUUUUUCAGAAAAAAAAAGAAUAUGUUUGUCUUUCUGUAAAAUGCACAGCAGAUGCGUUUUUGGCCUCUGUUGACUCUUCCUGUCCUUGUUUUGUCAUUUCUGCUUGUCUUUUCAAUUACUGGGUUUAAGAGGCCACCAAUGACCCUAACACUACAAAUUAAGAGUAAAAAAACUACUCUAAAAGGAAAAGUGCAAAUGUUGUGAUGGUUAAUAAAGGUUUAAAGUAGUGACAGUGGGUCAGGUGUCUACCAGUAUUACAUGCUGCUUUUUGAGCAUGGAUGGAAACUUGCAGGACACUCAAAGUAUUGCAAGCACACUUUAAGUAUGUUCUUUUAUUAUUAUUUUUUUUUAAUCCAAACUUGAUAUGUGAACCUUUGUAAAAAUACUGAUUGCAUCUUUUACAAAUGUUAUAAACUUCAAGACACUUGGGAAAAGUUAAAGACACGAAGUCUUUAAAUGAAGGACUGUGACUUCUUUUCAGAAACUUAAAAGAACUGUUGGCCAUAACAGCAGGCUGGUGCUGCUGGAAAGGCCGAGUCUUUAAGGCUGAAGUUUCUCCUGUUAACAGAGGAGUGUAUAUGUGCCACACAGCCUCAUUGAACAUUGUCAUGACAUAUUUGAAGUGUCUUCUCUGUAACUCAAGAAACUCGAGAGGAGGACUAACUCAUGUCUCAGACAGAGGCAUGUUUAAAGCUGUUCCACAGAUGAGCAGCACCAGUCUUAUUUAUUCAGUUUUUGUUUUAUAUCUUCUGUAAAUGUUUGAAGAGAUUAAAUAGUAUAUGAUUGGAUUGGGUGACUGGGUUUAUAUAUCGAGAGCUUUUUUGGUCCUAAUUAAUAAACACAUUUAAAAAGUG